AUGUGGGACUUCCAGGAAGCAGCUGGCAGAGGCAGGACUGUCAUGUGGGACUUCCAGGAAGCAGCUGGCAGAGGCAGGACUGUCAUGUGGGACUUCCAGGAAGCAGCUGGCAGAGAAUUUGCCAUUCCUCAAUCAAACAAAGAAGGAGGAAAUAGGGAAGCAGAACUGGAAGAUUCGGCGCCAAAAUGUUCCAUCGUGUACAAGCACACGCCUGCUGCUCUGUUAGGUCCGCCCUCCUCGCGUCUCGAGUCGUCCCGCCCCGGCGGCACGCGCUGCUCACGUGACAGGUCAGACCGAGGCGGUGUUCGCCAGACCAGACACCGUUCGAGCUGGGCCGUUAGUCGUCUGAUCGGGUUCUGCUCACAAUCGGGCAAGCUGGAUAGCAAGAUCAACAAUGACCGAGUUUCAACCACGGCCUCAGAGAGUCGAAAGAGCUCCAAACCUAUCAUGGAGAAGCGUCGACGUGCCAGGAUAAAUGCCAGUCUCGCUGAGCUCAAGACUCUUCUGCUAGAGACCAUCAAGAAAGAGGGUGCUAGGCACAACAAGAUGGAGAAGGCAGACAUCUUGGAAAUGGCCGUCAAACAUUUGAGGCAGAUACAGAGACAACAACUUAGUGGCGAGUCGUCAUCUGAACCGACAGCAGUCAGCAAGUACAGUCUGGGUUACCACGCAUGCGCGCAGGAAGUCAGCAAGUACCUGGGUGACAACAGCGACGAGGCAGUAGAGUUGAGGACCAAACUUUUGAACCACCUGGCCAACUGUAUUACAAAUCGGGACUUCCCGACGCAGCCGAAUACGCAGGCGUCGACAUCAUACGCUUCCAGUCUCUCACCCCAGUCGUCUGUCUCGGUCGCCAUGUCGCCGCUGUCCUUAGGCUCACUAUCGCCUUCCUCUACCACUCUCUCCCCUGAAGGACAGCUUAAUCUGAAAGUAGAAGCAGAGGCCAUGUUAACUUCAACACGAAAAAACCUUCAGUUUCUGAACAUCCCGACCAGCGAAGCCAACCCAAAAAAUAUCUCUUUCCAACCACUCGAAGAACUAACGCGAAGCUUUUUGCUUCAAAACGAAGAUCAGCGUUCGAAACCAACGGUUGACUUCAAAUCUUCAUUUCAUUCUGUUAAACCUUCAACUUCAUUUCAAACGCAACAGAACGAGGUUAAACCCAGCACUGGUGAUCACAACAACAACAGAGCAACAGUUUUUGAAGUAAACAACAGCGCAGGUUCUUCUGAAAUUAACAAUAACACAGUCACAGUUCCUGCCGUGGUUAGUUUAGGUCAGACAUCUUUACCCAGCAUUCAACAGCAUCAACCACACAUGCAGCUUUCACAGCAACAUCUACAACAACUUUCACAAACGUCUUCAUCUCAACAUCAACCGCAGCAUCCACCACAACCUUCUUCAUCCCAGCAACAACAAGCUGCCUUUCAGGAGAACACGACUGUAGUCUCCGGCAUGAAUCAGUUUCACCUGAUCCCCACGCGAACAUCAACCGGAGAAAUCGCUUUCGUCCUCUCCACCGCCAACAUCAUCAGCCCCGCCCAGCUCACCAACUGCGCCAUUCCCGUGAUCACCUCCACCCAAAACCACGCCCACCUAUCUAUCCCAUCAUUCCAGACACAAUCUGUCCAAUUAGCAAUGACCUACCCUCAAGCAGAAAAACAACCUGUCCAUUACAUUAUCGAACAACCCAAAUCCCAGAACCAACCCAUCAGCUCGAACGAAAUAUCUCAAACGUCACAACCAUCAAGCAACCCACACGCCCAAUCCACGCCCCUAAAUUUGACAUCAUCCAAUCAACACGUAGCAGCGAUGUCAAACUACACCCCAACGUCAAAAUCAGAAUUCUCUAAAGUCACUUCCUACGUCAGCAGCUCUGUUGUAACUCAGCCACCUCAAAACACCAACCCCGACCAUGCAACUGCAAUGGACUCAUAUCCACCUUCAAGCACCUUCUUCAAACCCAGCUCCAUGUACACCGGAAGUGUAGCACCACCCCAGUCAUCAUCUACCACAUCGUUCAAACCAUUUUCUGACUCACCCAGCCACCUACAAUCUUCUACCUCCGUGGCUGUGGUUAAACCCCACACCAACGAAGUCAACACCAGGAACUUUAGACAGCACGAUAAACAUUUCACCUACAGUCAAAACGAUGUCAUGGACAGUGGUUUUCCCGAUUCUUCACACUCAGAAAUCGGGAAAAUCCAACAUCGAAGAGACAGUAAUUUAUUUCGGCCGUGGGACAAAUAAACAGUCACGAAUUCAGAACUAUGUAUAAAUAUACACAUAUUCAUCAUUCCUAAACAAUCGAUAGUACUUUCGUAUUAUAAAUUGUACUUUCGUAUUAUAAAGUGCAUAUACAUUUUAAAAUAUAAUAUGUGUAUUUCUUUGACACUUGACUCCUAACAAAAGUUGUUACUAUUUCUAAUACUUUGUAACGAUGUACGUUACAGUCAUUUAUAUAUCAGUCUAAUGAUAUACAUUCUAUACAUAAUUUACAACUUUUUAAUACCGAGUUACAAGAUCAUUCCACAACAGCCGUUGGUGCCUAUUGUUGAUUUUGAUAUUUGAAAUCGUAUUUUUUGGAAAGAACACUAUAGAACAUUAAAUAGUUACUUCAAUUUUGCCGCACUCCUUAUUAAAAGCAUACUCUCGAAUUAAAAACCUAAAACCUAAGCGCAGCGGGAAAACCCAAAAAUAACAUAUAAUUUCAUAUGUGUACUAGUCAUUGCUGUCUGUUUUCUUCAUGAUGACAUUUUAUAACAAAGCUGUCCAAUCCUUGUCUAAUGGAUGAUAUAUUUGAAACAUUCCUAUCUGUUCUGAUAAAUGUAAUACUGAAUGUUGUUCUUCUGUUGAUAACGUUCUUCCAAUCUAAAGUCUUGUUAUAGUGAUAUGUCCAUUCCAUGUGAUCAAUGUUAUAUACACACAUUUUAAAACUAUAAUUUGUGACUAUGUAUACGCCUGUUGUAGAUAUCAAUAUACACUAUUUUUUUUAUGAUUAUAGCAUUAACUAAAUGAUAAUCUUGUAUGUUGAGUACUGGUUUUAUAAAGAAAUUUAAACAGAGAAAAUUGUGAACGUGUAAUGGGAAAAGCAAAUGUAAACAAAAUGUAUCUUGAAUGUUUUUGCUGAUAGCUGUGAUGUACAACGUGCUGUAGACAACUGUGAAAGUGGUUUAGAGGGAGAUAACUAUUACAUACAACAUGUUGUCACAAUGGCCUUAUUAUUUGUGCCUUCAUUUUUAGCCAUACCACGAAAACUGAACAUUUCUAAAACGUGUUCCAAUUUCGUUUUCUUAUUUCAAUAUGCAUUCCAGCAAGGUAUAAAAUACACAUACACAUACAUGAACCCAUUGACAUGUUAUAAUAUUCGGAUAAACAUGCACACCAGGUAAUACAGACUGACGCUGUCAUAUCAUAACAUACAGAGUAUUAUACACACAUAUUCACAUACUACCCUCCACCACACAAACAUAAACUGUUACAGACAGACAUACAGUUAUGUAGAUUUACAGAAACAUGUAAAUUAUAGAUAUAUUAACAGCAUGAGAAAAAUACACCACCACACGAAGACUGUUUUAAUCUACCCCAUAGUAAGAGCCACUAAAGAUGAAUGUUAAAACUGUAAUGUAUUGACGUUCAUGGGCAGCAUUUCAGUACAAGGGCAGUUUAUAUAUAUAUAUAUAUAUAUAUAUAUAUAUAUAUAUAUAUAUAUAUAUAUAUAUAUAUAUAUAUAUAUAUAUAUAUAUAUAUAUAUCUUCAUAAGCAUUCCAAUAUUCAUUAACCUAAUUAACUCAUGAUAUUCCAUCAAGUUAUUCCUGAACAUGUGAAGUAUUUGCAUUAGCUCUACCCAAAUGUGAGGAACACAAAUUCCUCUAUUGGUUUUGAAAAUGUAUGUAGAUUUCUGUCUAUGGAAAUAUACGAAGGAUAUUUU